CACAAACAUCACUUCCCAGCGGAUACUGCGACAUGAAUCGGCCUGGUAAAAACAACGGUAUAUACGCGGCCGAAACGAUCCUGAAGCGAAGAGUUCGUGAGGGAAAAGUCGAGUACUUUAUCAAAUGGAAAGGAUAUUCACAGAAGUACAACACAUGGGAACCAGAGGAAAAUGUCUUAGAUCCACGAUUACUGAGGGCUUUUCGACAACGAUUAACAGCGAGAAAGGGAAAGUUUAAAGGCAAGAAAAAGAAAAUGCUUGUGUCUGAGGAAAACCCGGAAGAGCCAGACAGUUCUUCUGUGGAUGUUGAAAACGUCACCAGCGUCAAUGAUCAUGAAAGUGAUAGCGAAAUUGAUGAAUCGUCUCGCGAGGUUGAUCCGCCGCCCGCGAAGCGACGACGGCGUCGGAAAAAACGAAACUUACCGAAGGUAAACGAAAGUACUGGCGAAGCUGUUCCGUCUCUUGAGGUUGAAACCACAGUCCCUCUCGCUGAAACCGAAGUAGGUGAAAAAACUGCAGAGGUCGAAAUUACGGAAUCCGAAGAAAAAUUUCCUGAUAAAGCGAGUGAAGACAAAACUGCUGAGUCGAAUUCGAAUAUCGAAGAAACUCCCUUGAAAGAAAUUGCACCGUCCACCUCCGUUGUGAGUGAAUUAGACACCACUCCUUGCAACGCGGGUUGUAGUAGCAGCUCAAAGACAGACGUACUCGAAACUCCACUACCUGAAAAACCUCCGGUGAUCGAGAGAGACAAUCAACCCAAACCGAGCACCGCUGAUGUCCCCACGGUAUCCACCAGCCCCCCUUCGUCAUCGCGACACGAAGUUCCGCCCCCAGCAGCCCCCACGGAAAUGAAAAACACCCCGGUGAUACCGCGGUACUCGCGAUUUGAAUUUUUAGCAAACAGCAUGAUUAUCACAGAUGUGACAACAGAAAGAGGAACAGUGACAGUAAAGGAAUGUUCUGCUUACGAGGGGUUUUAUGGCCCCGAACCGGACCGAUCAGGCUAAAACGAACCCGAGGGAAUCGAAUGAAAGGGAACAAAAAAAAAAAAGAAAUGUUUUAGUGCAGUUGAGUCUUGGUAACGGGAACCGUUAAAGAGGAUCAUUAAAGGUUCGAGGUACAGAAAGAGGGGCAGACGUGAUUGAAAUGCCUACCAAAUUAGUGAGGAAGACAAGGUUUUCGUCACAUGAUCGGUAUAAAACUGAUGAAAAGUGUUUUUAAUCAGUUUCAUUACAAAGACACGUUUGAAAGGUACAGAAAGAGGGGCAGAAGUGAUUGAAAUGUCUACCAAAUUAGAGAAGACAAGGUUUUCGUAACAUGAUCGGUAUAAAACCGAUUAAAAGUGUUUUUAAUCAGGUUCAUUACAAAGACACGUUUAAAAACGUAAGGAAAAUAAGCUAACAAAACGAGACAGCUGACUUGAAUCGAAUACUGUAGCGCACUCUAACUUAGAGAGUCGAGACAUUGAGGGCAAAGUUGUAAAGAAAGUGACCUGCAAAACAGUGAUUUUUCAGUUAACGUGUAUUAAGGGUACGGGUUACCAAGAGUCGACUGCACAAAGGAAGGAUUAAAUGUAGUUAAGCAUUUCCUUUAUUUAUUCGUUGUGCAUGAAAGCCAUAUUUACAUUUGAACAUAAAAUUGUUGACAAUGAAACCCGCAUCGAAAAGAGAUUCUUUUACUGUAGGUAGAAACUUAAAUUAAAAGCAGACGUUAUAAUGCGGAUAAGCAAUAAAUUAUGAAAAAAGAAGAAGGAUUUGUCUCAAGGAUAUUACCGGGAGAUUCUUGGUUUGUAAGUUAUGCAAAUUAUUAAACAAUACGA